AUGGCAGCACCACCAUCCAAGAAGGGACGCCUGUCGCUAUAUGAGGAUUUAAUCAGCGACGAUGCGCGGGCGGAGAUCAAGGCUCGCGACGACCAGGCCGCGGCGGCGGCGGAUGCGGCCAAGAAGAAGAAAGACGCCUCCCUGAUGUUCAGGCCAACCAACCUGGGCAAGAAACCCGGCAACACUGCAAAGCCCAAGCCCAAGCCCAACUUCAGCGCCAUGCACAAGUUCUCCUCUAGCACGUCGACCACCACGGGCGACGUGUCUGGAGGUCUAGGGUCGUCGGACGCUGUUCCGGCUUCGACAAAGUCGCAGAAGCGCGGGUUUGAGGACUKGCUGGCAAACGACGACGACGAGUUUGGAUACUACGAGCGACCACGGCAGGAUCGCAAUGCGAAAAAGUCGAAGAAGAACUACAACAACAAGAAGAGCAAAAACGCGCAGCCUCAGCAGACGUGGUCGUACGAUGACAUCUACGAUCCGAGCAUGCCUGUUAAUAUCGCUCAGUAUGCGAAGUCCGAGGCUGCAUUUCAGUCAAAGGAACGAUGGAAGAUGAGACUGUUCGUUGCAAACAAGAAGGAGAGGCUGCGAUUGGGACAGACUGCCAAAGUCCGCCCGACUAACAAGGACUUUGCUCCGCCCGCAAUGUCGAAUGCCAUGUUUGCUCCGCCACCCGAACUCAGCUCGUUAGACGAUGGUCGGCCGCAGUCGUCUGGCUCCUCAUCGUAUCGUAAAUAUGAUAGCGACCGCGAUGACAUGUCGCGCCCCUCCUUUGCAACGCCGUCUUUCGCACCACCUGCCUCUUUUGCACCACCGGUAGCCAACCUGAACAGAGAAGAAACGGCCGAGGAGGCCUACGCCCGCCGUCUUGCUCUCAGUUCAGAGGCUCCAGCUCGCCCGGUCGCGCCUUCGCCACCAUUAUCAGUUGCGCAAAAGACCGUCACACCCGAGGAGCUAGAGAAGCGGGCCAAAGCAGCCCAACAGAUUGCAGCGCUGAAAGCCAAAAUGGCCGCAAAGACUGCCACGCCAGCGACCUCACACACGCCUGCACCGAUAUCCGAGCGAGCGCCGUCGCCAGCUGCCAGGCAAACUUUUGUUCCAGCUGCUGCACCAGCGCAGAGCUACACUCAGGAGGACCUCGAUGCGCUACAAGCAGUGCUUAAGCAGCCUGACUAUCCCGAGCGAGAUCCAUCUCCAGAAGUAAGUAUCACGACAUCUUCGACAGGCAUGCCCUAUAGUAGAGGUCCUGUCCGUGAAGAGGCCGUGAGAGGUGCUGGAUUUGCUCCCACAAUCUCCGGCGCGCCAACUUAUAACUAUGGUUUCCCUGGUGUCGCACCUCAUAUGGACGCCCGAAUUGCUACGCAGACACAAUCCCCAGCCCCUGAAGCUCCCACUCAGGAGGAACCUGCAUCUGCCGACGCCGAGGAGCCUAGCAGACGCCCCGGCCAAGAACGCUUCGCGGAACGUCUCCUCAAGAAGAUGGGCUGGGAGAAGGGCCAGGGACUGGGAGCGAGUAACGAUGGUAUCACAACCGCCAUCGUCAUGAAAGCCGACAAACGUAAACGUGUCCCUGGCAGUAAAGCCGGUCCCAUGCCCGCCAUGGGCAAGAUCGUCGGCGGCAACAAGAAGAAGACAGACUCCACCGACGACACCCCUCACGGCAACAUGUCCGAAGUCAUCAAACUGGAAGGCAUGCUCAAAGGUCUGGACGUCGAUUUGGAAAUCGCCGACAACAAUCUCAUGCAGGAGAUUGGCGAUCACAUGGGAGAGAUGUUUGGCAAAGUCGAACGAUUGUUCAUUCGGAGGGCACACAUGGGCGGAAAUGAGGAGGUGUUUGUUCGAUUCACGUCUCAAUUGAGUGCUUUGAGGGCUGUCAAGGGUAUGGAUGGCGAGGAGUUUGCGGGGAAUAUGGUCCAGGGAAAGUUUUGGGAUUCCGGCAAGUUUGAUCGCGGCGAGUAUGAGUGA